CAGAGGGCAAUUCUCCCGGCCUCCCUGGCCCGGUUGGUCCGGCCGCCCCGUCCCCGUCCUCGGCCCCUGCCCGUCCCUGUGCCAGGAGGCUGUGACUGCACAAGCCGGGGAUGGUGGUCCGGGCCUGGUGACCCUACCUGCAGGCUGCACUCACGGCCCUGGAGCGCCUUCACCGUCAGCUGCAUGGCGGCCGCGGCGGCGUCCACUAGGGCCAGCGCGCACCCCAACGGCCCCCCGUUGCGCGCCGCCGCCCCGGGCGCGCGCCGGAACCGCCCGCCGCCGCCGGAAGCCGUGAGAGGGGCGCGCCCGCGCGCCUCGCCCACGCCCCUAGGUCCCGCCCCGGGCCCGCGCCCCGCUCCGCCCCGCGAAGAGGAGUCGCCUUGGGGACCAGACUCGCAAAGGCACGGGGACCUCCCGGGCUGUCAGGUCCCCUCACUGCAACUGUGCAGGAGUUGGCGCGCCCACCCCGUCAGGAUGGGGAGGAGGUUCGAGCUGGGGCUCGGGAGAAGUAAGGACCAGGAAGUCCACUCGCCUGCACCGGUGACCUGGCCUGCUGUAAAUUCCCAGCCUGCUGGUGGAGCAGGUCAGUGCAAAUCCGGAUUGUCUCUCUCAGUAACAGAACUGGCCCAGUCCUGCCAAGCUGACCAUAUUGCCCCAUGUUCUUCUGCCUCCUUUCUAGUCUGGCUGCAAAAAACCCAGCUGAGCUGGGGAGCAGGUCCCAAGGGACAAAGACUAGAAGGGACUCAAGCUUGCUUCUGUCUUUUAUUGAAAUAUAUUUUCUGGGCACUGCCCACCUACCUAACUCAGCGUGGCCUCUUUGGCACUGAAAGCUGGAGAAUAAAAAACCAGUAAAAAAAAAUAAGCUUGGAUUUGUCUGAGUGCAUAGUGCAUGAGAACUAAAGGCCUUUGGUACACAAGAACUGUGGGGACAGGGGAUGGAGUGUGAUGGUUGGGUGAUGAAAGCUUGCCCCAGGGGCUUCAUGGAA